UUGUUUGAAUUUUGUUUGGGAGCUCAAAUUGUUUCACAAAUUCAUAAACAUUCUCAUAAACAAUGACCAAUUACCACUUGAAAAAAUUUUAUAACACCAUAUUAUGCCAAGCGUUUUCUCCUUGUGGUAAUUAUUUUGUGGCAGGGGAUAUAUAUGGAAAAAUUUCGGUUUUCCAUUUAUCCAAAUUGAUAAAUCCGGAUGUAAAGUUAUCCAAAGAUGAACAAUUUCCUAAAUGUACAUUUGAAGUUUGUCCAAACAUGCAAAUAAAUUCAUUAUUAUCAACAGAAACCUAUCUAAUAGUUGGGGCUGUUGGUGAAAUAAAAGCAUAUUUGUGGAAGAAUAUUAAAACUAGCAAGAAUGUAUCUUGUGCUUGGAGCAUUGAUAUACCUAAUGAUAAAGGUGGUCUGGAUAAGCCAGAUGUUAAUUCCUUAUACUUUCUGCAUGAAAGAGACUUACUAUUGGCAGGUUGUGGAGAUAAUAAUAUUUAUGCCUUUCAAAUCGAAACUAGAAAACCUGUGAAGACUCUUUCUGGUCAUAGCGACUAUGUCCAUUGCCUUUGCGGUCUAGGCAAUGACCUGAUCUCUGGAAGUGAAGAUGGAUCAGUAUGUAUUUGGGAUAUAAGAGAAAAUAAAAAAAGGAAUCAAAUUCACCCAUACAUGAAUGAUGAAAUAAAUAGGCCUGAUCUUGGUAAAUGGAUUGGUGCAGUAGGAUAUAAUGAAGAUUUUUUGAUAUGUGGAGGUGGACCUCGUUUAUCUUUAUGGCAUUUCCGUUCUUUAAAUCAUUCUACAAUUUUCCCUAUUGAAGAUAAGGGAAUACAUGUUGCAGAAAUUUAUCAGGACAAAGUUUUUGCUGGUGGUCGGUCAGAAUAUUUUUAUCAACUGAGUUUUAAUGGUAAUAUAAUUGCUGAAAUACCAACAUCUGGAGUGACAACUUACUCAAUGAUCCAUCAAGAAGAACCAUAUAAAGCAUUAUGUAUAGCUGGAUCUAGUCCUAAAAUUGAUGUAUGUAGUAACUUUGUAUAUAGAGACUUAGUACUUACAGUGUGAAGAUAAUAAAUCUUUUAUUUCUUGUC